AUGGCUCUUCGGGGGGCUGGGGAGGAGGGCAGCAGCAAAAGCCCAGCCAUGGAUGUCUGCUACGCAGCAGGUCCCACCGAUGACCGCGAGUACAGCGGCUGCUGCUGCUGCCACUGUUCGUGUUCCUGCUGCUGCAGCGGCCGCGGGGGCGGCUGCGGAAGAGCAGCGCGAGCAGUUUGUGCUGCAGAGCGCACCGGAAGCAGCAGCAGCAGCAGCAGCAGCAGCAGCAACCACUCGCGUUUCUGCAGCGAAGCUGCAACGGCUGCGAGUUCUGUGCACGGAGCCGCCGAUCUGCACAGAUCAGCUUCGAGGGAGCCGCCGCAGAGCCCGCAGCAGCAGGCGAAAGCGCUCGACGCCACGCAGUCCACAACAGCAGCAACGAGCUGCAGCCAAAACUCGCCUUCUCGCGAGUCCGAAGACGCAGCAGCAAACGAGGCUGCAGCUUCCCGCAGUUUCCGCGGAGGCUGCGGCGCUCCCAACUGCUUUCUGGCCAACUCCAUCCGGCCCAAACGCCUCUGCAUCUGCAUGGUUUCCGAUUUCUUCUUUCCUUCGCUCGGAGGCGUUGAAAUGCACAUUUACGAACUCUCCGUCCGCCUCGCCAGAAAAGGAUUCAAAGUCGUUGUAGUGACGCAUGCAAUAGACGGGCGCCACGGAAUUCGAUAUUUGACUGAGGGAAUAAAAGUGUAUUACCUGCCGAUCACUUGCUUUCAUGACAGGAGCACCUUGGUCACCUUCUUCACCACUCUUCCCCUGAUCAGGACAGUUUUAAUUCGUGAAAAAGUGGAUAUUGUUCACGGCCACCAAACCACGAGCACUCUAGCUCACGAGUCCAUGUUCCACGCCCGGCAUCUGGGGUAUCGCGUGGUUUACACGGACCACUCCAUGUUCAGUUUUGCAGAUGCUGCAUGCAUCCACAUGAACAAGAUUUUUAAGUUCUUUUUAACGCACUGCGACCACUGCAUUUGUGUGUCUCACACACACAAGGAAAACCUUGUGCUGAGAGGAGCUUUGAAUCCUCACCAGAUCGCCGUCAUCAACAACGCAGUGGACGUGCCAGCAUACGUGCCAGAUUUAUCUAAGCGCCCGCCUCCCCCGGCCAUAAACAUUCUUAUUCUUUCGCGUCUAAGCUACAGAAAGGGAAUAGACUUGCUGGUAGACAUAAUUCCAGCGGUGUGCGCCAAGUACCCCAAUGUAACGUUCAUCAUAGGAGGGGAUGGCCCUAAGCGGAUCAUCUUGGAGGAAAUGAGGGAAAAACACAGAAUUCAUGACCGCGUUGAAAUGCUGGGGGCCAUUCCGCACGGUCAAGCUUGCUCCUUUUUGCAACGCGGGCAGAUAUUCCUCAACGCGUCGCUUACUGAGUCAUUUUGCAUUGCAAUUGUUGAGGCUGCUGCUUGUGGACUAGUUGUCGUCUCAACAGACGUCGGUGGCAUUCCCGAGGUGCUGCCGCCUGACAUGGUGCGCCUCGCUUCGCCAAAUCCUGCAGCUCUGACGCUGCAACUGGAAGAGGCAAUCCGACAAGUGGAAAGAGGAGAUGUCGACCCGCAUGCUUUGCACCAAAGGGUGCUAGAAAUGUAUUCGUGGGAGGAUGUUGCUGAUCGCGUGGAACAGGUGUACUUCAGUGCUUUAUUUGACCUCCCAAUGUCUGCUCACUUGCGAAAAGGGAUUUCCUUGGCAAAUGUCCCAUUGCCUCCAAACCCUCCACCGCUCCCAACUUCCCAAGGCUCUGUCAAAGUGUUGAGGGCUCUCAACAGAUGCGGGCCUUUUUCUGGGAAGUUCUUUGCACUUGUUGCUGUAGUAGACUGGUGUUUGAUUCGCCUUGUUGAAUGGCUUUUCCCCCGGGAUUCAAUUGAGGAGGCUGCCUCUUUUCCAAGCGACGUUCUUUACUCCGUGAAGACAAAUUUGCCGUCGCCAACGUAG